UUUGGCAGACUUUGAUGUCACGAUUGUUCUACUGUGAACCUGUUUAAGCGUUAUAUCUCCGACUAUGUCACCGCUGUGUACUUAAACAAUCUCGAUAGACGCAAUAUGGAGGACUUACUAUGUUUACUGUUCCUACUUCUCACAGCUAUUUUACAUCAAGGGGAGACAGAUCUGCCUCUAGUGUCUUUAAACCAACUUUGUAACCAGGUUGGACUCAUCGAUUGUGAUACCGAGUACGUCAGCCACGGAGACGAACAGACGUGUGGAAUGGACGGAAUAACGUAUGAUAAUUUUUGCCACUACAGUAAAGCUCGAUGUUCCGACGUUAACUUAGGUAUAGCCAAUGUUGGCAGUUGUAUUGAAAAUGAUCCUAGGAGUACCUCACCGCCUGACCACACGAGUAAGCCAAAUUCCGACGUCAUAAUACAGUUUUUUUGUAAAAAUGCUGAUAACAUUGACUGUACAUUGGAAGAUCGAGAGCCAUACUGUGGUAGCAACGGCAUGUUUUACUUAAACAUGUGUGCCUUAGCAAAAGCAAAAUGUACAGAACCAAACAUGGAAUCGCAAAGUCUGCAAAUUUGUAAAGAUGCUGGUGUGCUACCACCGGUCGGGAAGUGAUUAUGAACGGCGUUUCUCUUAAUAUUAUAUAAUUUGUUGUAGCUGUUAUGUAUUUGAAUAAAAAUCGUCUGUUUGGUAUGCAUCAUUUUUUAUAAAAGUUACGGUGUUACAUAAUAAAGAGUAAUGCUA